GUACAGGUGUGUCAUCAAGUAACUGUCGUCUAUCCAUGAGGUUCAAUGUAAUUUUGUUAAAAGUGAAACGGUGAAAAUAAUUUUAAAAAACCAUGUCAACCGCAAGUUCACAUCCGUAUAGUAAUCUCAGUUUAACGACCGAUCCCCUUGCUACAUUAAUGAAGCCUGAUAUUAUUUCAAUGUCAAAAAAUAGUCAAGUUAUAAACUGUGGCGGUGGUGAUUUGACAUCAUCAUCUUCUACCACAUCAUUAAAUCGUACAAAUCCCUCCAUAAAUUCAUUGAAUGUUAGUAGUCAUACAUUGGAUAAAGUGAAAGUUGCAAAAGUUACAUUGGAAUAUUACUACGACAAUUUAAUUGUUCAAUAUCGAGAACGUCAAAAUAGGUACAAAAUUUUAGAGUCAAUGAUGGAAAGUGAAGGCUUAACAGAAGAACAAAAACAAAUCAAACGUACACAACAUGCUCUCAAAGAAAGUGAAUUUCUCCGACUUAAACGAGCACGGCUCACAGUUGAUGAUUUUCUACCUCUUAAAAUAAUUGGUAAAGGAGCAUUUGGUGAAGUGGCUCAUGUAAGAGCUGAACGUGAUAUUCUAGUCAAAGCUGAUAAUCCUUGGGUUGUGAAAAUGUUUUAUUCAUUUCAAGAUUCGGUCAAUCUGUAUUUAGUUAUGGAAUUCCUUCCAGGUGGUGAUAUGAUGACACUGUUGAUGAAACGAGAUACAUUGACAGAAUCUCAAACACAAUUUUAUAUAGCAGAAACCGUUCUAGCAAUAGAUUCAAUACAUAAAAUGGGUUUUAUUCAUCGUGAUAUUAAACCUGACAAUUUAUUACUGGAUGCAAAGGGUCAUAUUAAAUUGAGUGAUUUUGGCUUAUGUACAGGUUUGAAAAAAGCUCAUCGAACAGAUUUCUACAAAGAUUUAUCUCAAGCUAAACCAAGUGAUUUUUCCUCUGGUCGUGCAGACUCCAGGAGAAGAGCUGAAGGUUGGAAUAAAAAACGACGAAGAUUAGCUUAUUCUACUGUUGGAACACCGGAUUAUAUUGCACCUGAAGUAUUUCAACAUCAUGGUUAUACAAAUUCGUGUGAUUGGUGGUCACUUGGUGUUAUUAUGUAUGAAAUGCUGAUAGGCUACCCACCGUUUUGUUCAGCUACACCACAAGAAACGUAUAAAAAAAUUAUGAGUUGGAAAGAGGCAUUAUUUUUUCCACCUGAAAUGCCCAUUAGUAAUCAUUCAAGAAACUUAAUACAAUCUUUAUGUUGUGGGGCAGAAACACGUUUAUCAAGUAUUGAAGAUAUACGAAAACAACCAUUUUUUCAUGCAGUUGACUGGGAGCAUAUACGUGAACGACCUGCAGCGAUUCCAGUGAAUAUACGUUCAAUCGAUGAUACUAGUAAUUUCGAUGAAUUCCCCAAUGCUGAUUUAAGUUGGCCUAAUGUUACAGAUCCUAUGAAAAGCUAUCAGAAAAAUUUAGCUUUUAUAAAUUAUACUUAUAAGGCAUUUGAUGGUUGGACAAAUAACGACCGAAUAUUAGAUCGUCAGUUAUAUCAACAACAAAAAUUUCAACGUCAUCAAACUGCCUUAUCAUCUAGAAGUAGUAUACUGUCCGAUUUAACUGGAAUAAAGAAUAAAUCUUCAACAUAAUGAAUUAAUUCUUUAUUGAUUACACAUUAAAUUACCUAUUUCCAGCUCCGUUCCCCUCGUCACACACAUAUAUUUAUAUAUAACUAGUGUUUCGUAUCUUUACAUCUUUGUACCUAUCUCACAUUUGUCACUGUUUUGUUUCUUUUCUUCUGGUUAUUUUUUUGAGAGAUCUUUUCUUAUAAAUAAAACUAUCAAUGUAGUUUUAAAAGGGUUUGGUUAUUAUGUAUAUCACUUGAAAAAUUACCUUUUGUCUUUCCAUGAACUCUUUACUAUAUAAUCAUCAUUCUGUUGUAUUGUGUUUCAUAACAUUGGCUCACUUGUAUUUGUUUCUUUUGUUACUUCUUUUUCUGCUUCACUUAUUCCCUCUGUUUACACGAAUAUUUGUAUUUCUUUUUCUUCUGGAUUGAGUGCUUCUUUAAAAUGGAGGAAAUAUUGUUCUUCAAUAUGUAUAGUGUAAUUGAACUGUUGAGAUGAAAGCUCUUUACAUUUUGCUGUUGAUUAUUGUUCCAUUCGAUUCUGUUUGUUAUUCGCAUGUAUUCUGAAUUGUCUUUUAGAGUACUAAUGAUUGUUAAUUUGUAACCAUUUCAGUGUAUACCACAUUCCCACGUUUCUCCUAAAUUGCAUUCCUUGGACAAUAACAUAUAACGUUCCAUAUUUGUUCAAGUUAUAGUUUUUUAUUCUGCCAUAUAAAAUGUGCCUUGUUUCAUCUUUUUCUUUCUUUUUUAGGUUGCUACUCUCACGUCACUGCUUUCUUUAUAUUCACUUCAUUCUUGUAGAUUUUCUCUGUUUCUAUCUAAUCUGUUUUGUUCUGCUCAAUUCUAAUCUGUUUCGUUUACUGUUCAGCUUUUUUGCUUUAAUGAACUGCAUUAUCGUACUGUAAUUUUAAUUCAGACUUAGUUAUUUCAAGACUAAGUUGACUAAUGUCUGUUUAUAUGUUUAUCUGAUGUUCAGUCCAUCUAUUGUUUGUAAUUACCUACUAGUUUACUAUUUCUACAAAGAGAUUAUUAUCAUUCAUUUAAACCAAAAAGUAUAUAUUUUUGUCUACUAAUAUAAUUAAUAAUAAUACUUCUACAACUUUUACCAUUGAAGUGAACAAAUUAAUUUAUCUUUACACUUUUUGAUAGUUCCAUUGUUUUCUUCGAGUUAAUAAUCACACCAGUCAAACAAGACGACUUUUUUUCUCUCUCUCUCUCUCUAAACUUCUAUUUCAUUCAUGUUCUAUAAAUAAUGCUGAGAAACAGAGAUUUUCGUUUUAUUUACAUACAAAAUCAGAUUCGAAAUCUGUGCGCAUCGAUGGUAUUUUUAUUGAAGUAUACAACCGGUUUUAGUUGUGUUGAUGAUGAUCCAUUUAUUGUAAAAGAAUAAAAGCUUGAAUGGUAAAACCAUAGAAAAAAAUCAUAGAAAUCAUUUUGACUACUAUCUAAUUUUCGGUUAAUAAUUAUUCAACCAAAUCUCUCAGAAUAAUAGAUAUAUCUGUCCAAUUGAUAUUUCAGUCAUUCACACACAAUAAGGAUGAUGAUAACGUGGUCACUUUUUUGUUGAUUAUGACGAAUCUUGGAACAAACUACUACGUUGUCUCCGAUAGAGUUUCUUCUUAUUCUUCUUUCUGCUUAUUUUUGUUUAUUCACAAAGAAGUGAUAUUGUUUUGUUCCUCUAAUCUAUCUUCUCGGUCUUCUCUGUCAAUUUACUUGAAAUCUGUGUUAUUAUUGAUUCUCCUUACUAUUAUUAUCAUUAUUAUUCCAUCUUACUAUAGACAUUACUAUUUAUCAUCAUUUUUAGUGUUCUGUGUACAAUAGAUGAUGAAUAAAAGAAUUGUAACUCGUGUAAUAAUGAUGAUAUUUUUACAUCCAUUAUUUUUCAUAUCAGGAUGAAAUUUAAUAGAAGAACAUAUUUUAUUUUCAUCUGUUUAGUGAAUCUAAAUCAUUAUAUAUUAUGAUCAAUUGUACGAGCAUAUUUUUCUCCGUACUUAGACCAAUAAUCGAUAAAAUGCUACUAGCAGAAAUUACUACUGUC